UUAGCGUGCAGUUUUCAAUUAGGUUCAUAUCAAAACCUUAAUGAUUUCUCUUAGUUGUUUUUUCAACUUGAAUUUCAGAUAAAAUUCUCGAAAGAUCAGAGCAACCAUGGAAACGGAUGUCGGCGAAUUCGAAUCGAAGAAGACACGAAAGACCAAUUUAAGGAGCAAAAAUCUACUAUCGCGUUAUUCGCCCACGAAGAGUAAGCAAAUCCACAAAAUAAUACUAAAAUAUUUAGUUUUCUUCAUUUCGCUCAUUUUCGCAGCGGCUCUCGUUGGUGUUCUAACAAAACACGAUUUUCUACCCUACUUCACCGAGCAUGCGCGAGAGCUGUCAAAACAUCGCACCAGGGGAGAAGAGGUCGAGUUUCACUUCGUUCAUAACAUUGAGAAGUUCCCUCACAAAGAUCUACGUCUUCCUAAGGACUUGAAACCGCUCAGUUACAAACUGGAUUUGCGAGUGAAUUUGACAACGCUUAAGUACAAUGGAGUUGUAAAGAUACAAAUUGCUUGUGACCAAACAACUCGAUAUGUUAUCCUUCACUGCGGAGAUCUGGAUGUAACCAACGUUUCCGUGACAACAGUAGAGAACAGCCGAGAGAAAGGAAUGCUGCUCAAGAGAAUCCUUGCUUUCAAGGAACACCAACAGCUCUGUAUAGAGCUCAGAGACGCUCUUCGCAAAGAAGGAUUUUAUUACGUUACUUUGGAGUUUAAGUCCAAGAUUUCCGACAGAUUGGAAGGAUUCUACAAGAGUUCGUACACUACUGAAACAGGGGUGAAAAGAACACUAGCUGUGUCUCAUUUUGAGCCGGCUCACGCCAGGAAAGUGUUCCCCUGUUUCGACGAACCCUCAUUUAAAGCGUCCUUUACCAUAUCAAUAACCCACGACCCUCAAUAUUAUGCCCUCUCCAAUAUGCUCCGGGUCGGGCGCGUGACCAGGAAGGAUGGACUUGUUGAGGAACACUUUGCCCGUAGCGUCAACAUGAGCUCCUAUCUUGUGGCUUUUGCAGUGCUGGACUUCAAAUACAAAGAGAAGACGACCGGCUCGGGAGUAUUGGUUAGGGUCCAUGCCCCACCCGAUGAUUACGACCGUUUGGAGCACGCCCUGGAGACUGGUGUGAAGGUGUUGUCUUAUUACGAGAAGCUAUUUGGAGAACCUUUUCCUCUUCCUAAACUUGGUAAGUAAGACAUCAUGUACAUUUUUGUUUCCCUUUUGAACUGUAAAUCUGGAAAGGAUGUCUUCUUGUCGCCAUCUUUUAAUAAUUUGCGAGAUCUUGCGAGCUGUAGCUUCGUUCUUAAAAUCACGUAUUGUCUCAGUGCUGUCACGUGUUGUGUCAGUGCUGUCACGUAUUGUCUCAGUGCUGUCACGUGUUGUGUCAGUGCUCUCGUGUUGUCUCAGUGUUGUCACGUGUUGUGUCAGGCUGUCACGUGUUGUGUCAGUGCUGUCACGUGUUGUCUCAAUGCUGUCACGUGUUGUCUCACGUGUUGUCUCAGUGCUGUGUUAUUUAAAAUCACGUGUUCUCCCUUGUUUCCAGAUAUGCUAGCUGUACCCGACUUUCUAAUCGGUGCGAUGGAGGAAUGGGGACUGGUGAUGUUCCGGCGAUCUUAUCUUGUGUACGAUGAGCAGUUUUGUUCAACUGAUGUCAAACUAGCGAUGACCAAAGUCAUAGCACACGAGCUGGCUCAUCAGUGGUUCGGGAACCUGGUAACAAUGAGAUGGUGGGACGACCUGUGGCUGAACGAGGGAUUCGCCAUCUUUGUCGAGGAUGAAUUUGGAGCUAAUCAUGUAUUAGAUGGCUGGAACAUGGUAAUUACACCACCAGUCUAUACAAUUCAUGCAGCGCNUCCCUUGUUUCCAGAUAUGCUAGCUGUACCCGACUUUCUAAUCGGUGCGAUGGAGGAAUGGGGACUGGUGAUGUUCCGGCGAUCUUAUCUUGUGUACGAUGAGCAGUUUUGUUCAACUGAUGUCAAACUAGCGAUGACCAAAGUCAUAGCACACGAGCUGGCUCAUCAGUGGUUCGGGAACCUGGUAACAAUGAGAUGGUGGAACGACCUGUGGCUGAACGAGGGAUUCGCCAUCUUUGUCGAGGAUGAAUUUGGAGCUAAUCAUGUAUUAGAUGGCUGGAACAUGCGGGAACCAGUUGUAUCUACCAGCUGGCAGUCUGCUUUGCAAGCUGAUUCCGCUCGGUCAUCUCAUCCAAUCAGCGUCAAGGUUCAAAGACCGGAAGAGAUUGACGACAUAUUUGACACCAUCUCUUAUCAGAAGGUGAACAGGCCAUUAGGGCAUGCGUUUAGCGGAAGGAGUGGGGCAAAUGGAAAUAUCGACGUAAAAGGAUUAAUGAAAGUUUGGACAGAUCAGAAAGGAUUUCCCAUCGUUAACAUACGAAAGCAGGGAGGCGUGUUUCACGUUGAACAAGAAGACGUCCUUGAGGAUUUAAAAAAAGAAAAUAAACAAGCAGAGAACAGGCAGAAGUGGUCAAUUCCCUUGUCUUACGUCACACAGUCCCAUCAAACACCGCGGUGGGUUUCAAUAUCACCAACCUACAAAUCGUACCCGCUAAAAGACGCCUCCACAGAUGGUUGGAUAAUGGCUAACGUCAACGCCACAGGCUUUUUCAUGGUAAACUAUGACGAGGAAAACUGGAAAAAGCUUUCAGCGCAGCUCAGAGAAGAUCAUCAGGUAUUCAGUCCGUCUGACCGAGCUGGUUUGAUUCACGACGUUUUUACUCUUUCUUGUCGAGGCUUACUAGAUCCAGUCCUUGCCCUGAAUUUGUCGACGUACCUGAUACGAGAGCAACACCCAGUUCCCUGGUCUGUGGCGAGACACGUGUCCAAGUGUCUCACGGGAGUAUUUAGUAAACCUCACAAGCUGUUGUACAAGCAAUUCUUGUGGCACCUUCAGGAUCAUCUUAUUGACUUGGUCGGCGCGGAGGACACUGGGACUGACCAGGAAAGGUAUUUUAGAUAUGACGUGCUCUCUGAAGCCAUGAAAAGCGGUCAGAGAAAAGACAUCAAUGAAAGAUUCGUUCGUUUGUUUAACGAACUGAGAAACACCUCUCUUGGAAGUCUCCCAGGUGUGGGUGCCAACUUCCGGAACCUGGCUUUCUCAUUCGGAGUCAACAAGUCAAGCGAGGGAGACUGGGACUACCUCUGGUCUGUUUACCAACACUCUCCUUUUGACACAGACAGGAAGUUCUUGAUGAAUGUUAUUACGUCAUUCAAUACAGACAGCCUCAGAUCCAGAAAUCUGCUCUACAGUUUGGACGAAAACAAAGUUCGGCCCCAGGACAGCUUGUAUUGGAUAGAGAUGGUUAACAAGGGAAGUGGAAAGACAGACGCCAGCUGGGAUUUUAUCGUCAAACAUUGGGAAAAUAUUGCAAGAAGAUAUGGGGGAAGUUACAAGCUUGGCAAUCUUGUUAAAGCAGUGGCUGGAAGUUUUCACACGACAGACCAGCUGAAAAUGGUUAAGAGACUCUUCCACUCCUUGACUCCGGGAGAAAUCGCCCUCAGAGCACAAAGCAAAACCCUGGAAAACAUACAGCGUAACAUAGCUGGUAAACCCGCGCAACUAAAGACAAGCGAGGCCAAGAUGGUCAAAUGGAUAAAGGAAUACAAUCGAAGCUCGUGAAGGGACGUGUGAGGGCUGGGCUUUAGUUUCCUUUUAUGGUACGCACUCCUUGGACAUGUAGCAGACCUAUCAAAAUGCAGCUGUGGCGAGGACCACAGCGUCUUGUCCUGUCAGGGGAGGUGUAUAUACAUACUAACUUACGAGAGGUGCCAAGCGUUGUUUUAUAGCGAAUACCUUGUUUAUUAAAACUCAGCGAGGACCACAAAUUGGCGCCCCAUUACUGAAGGUUUCUUUGUGAAUGGGACCAUGGCUUAGUGACCUUGCAGAGCUCCUGUUACUGGAUGUACAGUAGUGUGGUACACAUCAUGCCUCAGUAGUGUUUCCUUGUGAGGGUUGAUCUCUUGUGUAUGGUCAGGACCCAUGGCUGAGUGUCCCCAGCCCUACUGGACACUUCAGAUCUAGUUUAGUAUAGGGUUUGUAUCUUGUGCCCAAAAACAGGGGCAGGGGUUGUCAUUAUUGUAGGACGAUCGACGUCAAAUUCUACGUCGUCAUUAGAGAAAAAGAUAUUGAAGGAGGAAACACUUACAAGUGUAAUAAAUCAGUUUUUCUUCAUUUGUAAAUAAAACAUAUUUUUAUCAAUCUUUCAGUGUAGCGACAAGUUCGAGGAUUGGGUAUCUUUUCCUCAGGAUUCAAUGCUCUCUCUUCUUGCAAUUUUCUCCACUUCGAAAACUUUAAGCAUCAAGUCUCCUGUCUAUAGCGGAUAUUGUAAAGAUACUAUUUCUUCGUGUGUCUAUACAGUGUAAUCUUCAGUUUGAUGCUGUAAAACGAAAGCUAAGAGCAUAUCACAUGCAGUUUGUGUAAAGGAAAAACGCAUUGAUUCAUUCGUUCUCUCGUUCGUUUAUCACCCCACUUUGUAUCUCCCCAGCUGAAACGUCAGUGGAAACGUCGCUAUUUACACUCCAAGGUGACUCUACCGUGAAACACGCGAACAAACGUUCAUCAUUUACCACGAUGAACAAUGACCCCAUCCUUAUCACGACUAAAACCGUAUAGUUUGUUGUGCCCUCCACGAAUUACCAUCUGUGUUUUUUUCUUGUGACCAUUCGUCGAGAUUUACGAUGAAGGUCAACAAUAAUCCGAUCACCCACUACAACUCGUAACAUACCAUCGCAAUCAUGAGUUAAAAAUGGAUUGGAUAAAAAUGUCCCUUUAUAAUACGCAGGUUUAUGCUAAAAUCACUGAUAUGGAAAGACAUUAUUGUUUACGGGGGGUUUAUUGACUGAAUUGAGAGUUAAGAGCUGUAAGAUAGAGGUUGUUUUAUUUGUGUCAUUGACCUUUAGUUUUCUAAUUCAAUACAGACAUAUAUUUAAUGCAGAUUUAUUAAACACAAAUUUUCCUUUAGCUCUACCGUUGCAGCAACCUCAUGACCAGUUCCAUGACAUCCGUCAAUAUUGAUCAAUUAAUGCCAGCCGAGAGUUCGAACGGGGCGUGUCCUUCCCUUUGAUGGGCUCGCUAUGCACAACUACCGAGACCUAAUGGUGCUAUUCUUGCAUGGCAAAUGGACAUCAAUUAGCACACAGCUUGAAAUAUAUUUUCAAACCCAAUGUCCAAUCACUAUCUCAGUUAUAUCUAACUAAAGAUAUUUUCUCUUGCUAAAUAUAGAUCUGAACGGAAUCUUUGAAGUUGAAGGGAAGCCCUC